CAAGGUUGGUUAAGUAUAUAAGGAUAUUCUAUUAUUGUUUCAGAUGAUAGAUUCUAUAUGAGUCUUGGUGGGGAUGUACUAUUUGAAUCAAAGCAGGAAUCGAAGUGGCGAAAGGUGAUUGCACCGGGACACCUAUUUUCCGAGUGCAUCGCCGCCCCAGUUUUCUAUAUUUACCAGCAUACGUGAACUAUUCAACAAUUAUAAUAACGGAGCGAUGUGGAUGUAUUACGCAAACUGGGGCGUCCGCAGUUUUCCCUGCGAGAACAAAGCGCCAUUGAAAAGUUGAUGUAGUCACAGGGGGACAGGGCCUGAAAGCGAAACCAAGCCUGUAUCGAUCAAACUUAAAAAUAGACUUAGGAGACGUUAUUAAGCGGAGAUGGGGGCAGAAAAUGAGAAGGAACGAAGGUGGAAAAGGAAGGGAAACGAACGGGACGAGAGGAAGUGCAAAAAAGAAAGGAAGAAUAAUAAGGAACGGGACUACAGCUAGGCGGACAUAUUUGUCAUAGGCGGUGGUUGUCAAACAGUCAACUUCCGUACUGCGGCCGACGAGCACGUCUUCCGCAAAAGCUCCGAAUGGGUGACUUCGGUGAAGAUAGCGACGAUAGUGAUGGCGAGGGUGGCCUGGGGAAUGUAAACAGGGUGAUUAUGAGACCACCUGGACACAGCGGUAAAGCCAAGCGUGGACAUUUGUGCUUCGACGCUUCCUUCGAAACCGGAAACCUGGGUCGAGUUGAUCUCAUUAACGAGUACGAGUAUGACUUAUUCAUCAGGCCGGACACAUGCAACCCAAAAAUCAGGUUUUGGUUCAACUUCACAGUCGACAAUGUCCGCCAAGAUCAGGUAGAUUAGGUAUAGAGGCAUACACAAACACACACGCAAAGAGAGAUAAAGAAGGACAUAUAUAUAUAUAUAUAUAAAUGUAUAUAUAAAGAGACAGAGAGUGAGACAGAGUUACACACACCGAAACAUGAACGUA